AUGGCCUCAGAUGCCCAAGACAUAACCCAUAUAGAGUCUCUCAACGACCCUAAUGAAUUCUGGACACGCCAAGCGAAACAGUUAACAUGGCACAAGGCUCCUACCACUGCUUUGCGAAUGACGAGAAAGCAGCUGAAGUGCGGCAACUCACACGCAUCAUGGACCUGGUUCCCAGACGGCAAGAUAUCGACCUCCUAUAACUGUGUCGAUCGACAUGUCGAUGCAGGCAACGGCGAUAAGACAGCCAUCAUCUGGGACUCACCAGUCUCCCGCAGUAAACAGAAGAUUACCUAUGCUGAAUUACAGGAGGAGGUCGCGAUUAUGGCGGGCGUGUUACGAGAAGAGGGCGUUCAAAAGGGCGAUGUCGUGGUGAUCUACAUGCCAAUGAUUCCAGCCGCAUUAAUUGGGAUUCUGGCUACGAUACGACUAGGUGCAAUCCACGCUGUUGUCUUUGGUGGUUUCUCAUCCACGAGUCUGGCGCAGAGGAUCGAAGCUUCGCAUCCGAAGGCUAUCCUCACUGCAAGCUGUGGUAUCGAGGGAGUCAAAGGCCCGCUUCCAUACCAAACACUAGUUCAAGCUGCGAUUGCGCAGUGCGAUUUCAAGCCCCAAAGGACCAUAAUAUGGCAACGGGCAGAGAGUAGCUGGGAUGAUAUAUGCGAAGUCGACGGAGAGCGAAGUUGGCAGUGUCUAGUUCAGAACGCAAAAGGGCCUGGAGACGUUAUGUUUGCUGCUAGCGAUAUUGGAUGGGCUCUUGGACACAGCUACAUCCUAUAUGCGCCACUGCUAGCUGGUGCAACAACGGUACUAUUUGAAGGUAAGCCAGUCGGAACACCGGACGCUGGGACUUUCUGGCGCAUUGUCGAGGAGUACCGGGUCACUUCGAUGUUCAUGGCACCGACCGCGCUGCGGGCAAUCCGCCAAGCGGAUCCUCAAAACUCGCUCUUUAAAGCGCGUGGUGUAGUAGGAGGGCUGAAGCAUCUUCGCGCACUUUUCUUAGCGGGCGAGAGGAGCGAGCCGAGCUUAAUUAACAUGUACACAGAGCUGCUGGCGACAUAUUGUGCACCAGGGGCCUCAGUUAUUGAUAAUUGGUGGUCGACCGAGUCCGGAUCGCCUAUCACUGGAAUUCCUCUGAUGCCAGCAGCUGGCAUGUUUUACGAGCUUGAAAGCACCAAGAUCCCCAGCAAGACGAUCCCGAUCAAGCCCGGUAGUGCAGGCAAACCAGCUCCAGGCUUUGACGUUCGCAUCGUCGACGACGCCGGGAAUGAGCUGCCGCGAGGAAGCAUGGGCAACAUUGUCCUUGGCCUCCCGCUUGGCCCGACUGGUCUCACCACCCUCUGGCAGGACGAGGUGUCUUUCUACCAUAGUUACCUCGAACGGUUCAAUGGACAGUGGAUGGACACAGGAGAUGCAGGCAUCAUUGACUCAGACGGCUAUGUGCACGUAAUGUGCCGCAACGACGACUUCAUCAAAGUCGCGGCGCACCGCCUGUCUACUGGCGCCAUGGAGCAAUCCAUCUCUUCACACCCUGCCAUCACGGAAGCAUGUGUUGUGCCUCUCUUGGAUCACAUUAAAGGGCAUGUGCCAAUUGCAUUCAUUGCCAUUGAACGUCACAGUACAACACCUCCUGAUCUGCUCGAGGAUCUUAAUCAGCGUCUUCGGCUUUCAAUCGGACCGAUUGCUAAGCUAGGUGGCUAUAUUGCUAGUCCUGGCAUUAUUCCAAAAACCCGUUCAGGCAAGAUGUUGCGACGGGUACUAAGGGAGAUCUUAGAGAAUGCUACUGCCGGCGAGUUUGAGAAAGAGAUCGACGUUCCUGCAACGGUUGAGGAUUCUGGCGCUGUGGGAAAAGCAAAGAUGGCUGUCAGAGAGUUCUUCAUUAUGGAAGAAAACUCGAAGUUGCAUAGCAACGGCUUUUUAGUGCAGGAAGAAUCUGCUAAACAGUAA